CGUCAGGAUCGAGCAGCGAGCGUCGCGAUCGGCACAGCGGACGGACCGAGACGACCGACACAGGGCGAGCAGCAUUCAGCAGUUCGUUUCUAGCGUGCGGCCGGAGCGGAUUUCGGAAGAACCGCCGUCCGCCGACAUAAUCGACGGUUUAUACGUUGAAACAAUUCUCUGUAGCGAUCGGUGAGAAUCGUGCGAUGUAAAUCCGGUUUCCGGUGUUGCGGUAAACAAAAAAAAAAAAAAAAGAAAUAUCGUAAAAGAGGAAUUUCCGACCGGUAGAGACAGAGGGAUGGAUUGAAUACGGCGCGUGAACGAGGGAUAGAAAAAAAAAAAAAAAACAGUGUCGAAACGGCUUGUUGUGCGUGCCGAUUAUACGCGGUGUGUUUGUUGGUUAUAUUGUUAUCGGUUUGUUGUUUGUUUGUUUGUUUUGUGGUGCGCGCGUGAAGGGAUAAAAGUGGUUUUGUUGACAAGUGGAGUGCGCGAGCGGUAAUUGAUACGAGUGUGAUUGGAGAAACCGUCGCCUAUUCACUCUUUUCGACUCUCGCCGCUUCUCGCGAGGGAUAGAAAGAACAAGAAAAAGGCUUGAGCUAUGUCUAGGUUCGACUGAGCAUGCCGGCAUCCUCCUCUCCUAACAGCUAUCGCGACGCGGCCGGCCUCAUGGAUGUAUGGAUACUCUUCCUCGCAAUUGCCGGCGUAGCUGCGUCGGUCGAGGUGCACUUCGAGAACAAGGAUGGAGGAUUCUUCCUGAAGCACACACCAAGACAGUCGUACCCGGCGCAGCCGGAUUCGAUCCCGGUGCCCCCAAUCCUAGCGCCGGGUCCCGCGCCGCCGGGUUCGAUCCUGUCCAUCGACACCUUCACGGUCUUCCAGACCAGCGAGCCGGCCUCGGUCCGCGCGACCUACGGACCUUUCAGCACUAAGCAGACCGUUCCGGCGAGGUACAUAGUCCCUGAUCCUCUGGACGCGCUUCCGGGACCAGAGAUGAGGCGGAACUUGACAUCCACGACAGCCCUCCUCGAUGCUCAGGAGCUCAGCGCCAGGCAUCUCGACAUGUCGGCUCACCUAGUGCGGCCGAGUGUCCCUCGGGACUCGCCGGUGCUCAGAGUGCUUUUCCACGCCGGAAGCGAGGCCGGCGGUCGUCGGCAGGUCCUGCUGGCUCGGCACCAGCGGGUCUGCGUCGUUCUCCACGCCUCCCUCGCCGGUCGGACGCCACUUACCGCGGCCUGCAGUCCCGACGGUGAGGACGGCGUCUGCCUCGCCCAAAUCACCAUCCCCGCCGCGUGGUGGGCGCCGCUUCCACCUCCCGACGCCUCCGGUAGGGUCAAGGUCGCCAAGACCCUACCACGGCUAGUUCAGGUCGCAUAUUCCGUACUCGAGCCCAGGACCGAGAGCGACGGUGGCUGUCAGCCCAGGGUUCAGAUACAACCUGUCACUCCGUUGGGACAGGUUCCUCUCGCUCCGAACAGGGCUGCCUACAAGGAGCUCAGGGCUGAUGAUGCCUUGACGCUUUUGGUGCCCCACGCGCCUCUAUAUCCGAGGUCCAGGCUCCAUGUUCCGGCGUUUCUACACCCCAGACAAGGCGCGUUUGUCGCUGCAGUCAUCAUACGAGCCAGGGUGAAAUCCGGCGUACGAAUAUUGGGAGCCACGUCCAGCAGCCCUGAUUGGACGGUCACUGUUGAAGUUAAUGGAAAGUACACAGCCGCCACCUUCACCGCAAUACGAAAGGAAAACGCACCCCGUCCGCAGAAUAUGUCGGCAGAGGAGAUCCUAACCAUGCUCCUCGAGGCGAGCGAGGAGGGGGCCGGGGGCAGCAGAGACGGGGGUCGAGUUGUCUGGAGCGUGCGAUACGAGCUCGAGGGAGAAGAUGAGGACGGAUCCCCGUCUGGGUCAAGCCAGCACCACCACAAUAUCGAUCGAAGGAAACUCCAGGCUCGUCUCGAAAUCCAGAAGGACGAUAUCCAGGCGGUUUUGCCAAUAUCUAAGAACUGGGAGGUGAUGAACACCGCGGUUUUGACGGGUCGCCAGGUCUCCCAAGCGAUGAAGGUCUUCAUAGUCAGCCAGGCAGGAAAGGUGGCCGACGUUACUCUGCAGUCGUCCUGCCACUCGGAGGACGAGAGUGUCCUUAAGGUGUCGUCGUCCUGCAGUAGUGUGUACGUCGAUGGUUCGGAGAUCCGAGGAUCUAGCAAUGCCUCCGUUCUGGUCAAGUACGGAACGUACACGGGUCUGGCUCGGUUCACGGUCUGGAUGCCGGAGUUUCCAUUGGAGGUGACUGUGACUGACAGCCGUCUGAGCCAGGUGAAGGGAUGGAAGGUGCCGGACGAGCUCUCCUCUUCGAAGAACAAGCGGAGCUUGAACGACACGGAGGACGAGGAGCUGGAACGGUCGAAGAGGAGUCCGUCCGCCGACGAGAGGUUCCGGGGCGAUAGGUGGUCGGAUUCCGGUACCGGUGCAGAAGACCGGACGGCCAGCUGCAGGUUGCGUUUCCAGCAGAGUCCGGUCGAGGUCCACGCCAGGUUCCUGGCGGCCGAUCACGACUCGGGCCGGGUCUCGUACUUCGUCAACCGGCGGACCUGGCUCCGGGUUACGGACCUCGUCGUCGGACUGCUCCGCGUCUCGGAUCAUCGUUUCGCCACCCUCCAAGGAAGGAUUGUCCAGGGUCGGAGCUUCGGCAGGACCGAGGUCCAGGUCGUCUCUCCAAUCACUGGCCGCGUCAUCGGCGCCAAGGAGGUCAAGGUCGUCAGCGACCGCGUCUCGGUCGCACACCUGUCGGUCCGCGUCGUCUCAGGACUGCAGCUCACCAUCUCACCGGACACUGCGAUCGAGAAUGGCUACAUCGCCGAGACUUCAGUCACCCGGAGACUAACCGCUCAGUAUCAGGAGGGCCUGCUGGACAUAGACAUCGAGUUUUCGGACGGAUCCCACACGCCGCUGAGGGAGGUGACGGUAAACGACUAUCACCUGCUUGUCGAGAGUUUGGACCCAGAGGUUGUGGCGUUUGCUCCAAUGGUGGCGUCGCAUCACCCCAGGGUUAUAGCCGUCGGUGAAGGUCGGGGUCACCUUUUGCGUGUCACUCUUCAGCUGGCCGAUAUCUGUCGGCUGCCUAAUCGGCGCUCGAAAAAUUCACCAAGACCACCGGUGGCACCUCUGGCCACAGCCGCCGCCCAUGUCGAGGUCGACUUUGCGUCCAGCGAUCUACCCAACCGGCCAGAAUUUGUCCAGAACGACGGUGGCGGGAUGGUCGGCUCUCACAGAGAGAGAAAGAACGGGAAGGAGAUGGCGCCCGACCUCCACGACAUUUUGAUCGGGGUACCAAUGAAAGACGAGAACAACCACGAGCCCACGGUGCAGGCGCAUCAGGCGCGUCAGGCGCAGCAGCACCACACGGCUAUAGCUAAUGGCAUGUCUUCAGGGGGAAUGGGUGGCGUUGGGAUCCGUCAUCACGGCGGUCCGCACAUGACGCCUCUAGAGAUCGGCAUGUACGUUCUGUUGGCCGCGUUCUGUUUCGCGAUCGUCGUAUUCGUCGUCUCCUGCGUCGUUUACGCCAGCAAAUUCAAGCCCCAGCCUCCCGACUACCCCCUGCCCACCAUCCCGGUUCUCGGUGCCGCCAGGGCCGCUGCCAGUCAACUGGCCCCGAAUCGCCGCCCCCGGGAAUCGACGACCAACGCUCACGACUGGGUCUGGCUGGGACGAGCGACCCUCGAGAGGGCCGCAUGUGCCCCUCAGCAGGUUCGCGUCACCAGUAAUCCACUGGCUGCCGAACCUGAAGAAGAAUCUGGGGAGCUCGGAACCAGCUUCGAUAACCCAAAUCACAUCGAGCUCCCGUCUGUGCGGCCGUCGGCGCCGGUUCCGAUCGACACGACGACCUACUGCAAGAAGGACAAGACGCCACGUCAUUCGAGCAACAAGUCGAGCAUGCAGCCGAAACCCUCGUCGACGCAGAUCGACAACAACGACCUGCCACCGCCGCUGCCGCCUCACGGUAUUCCGCCGCCCGUAUCGAGCGACAACGCGAACGGGAACAACGACGACUACAAACCCCCGGUUCCGCCGCACCGGAACACCGGAGUUAUAGCGCGGUUCCCCGACACCCCGAAGAAGCACCAUCACAGGGCGUCGAGUGGCAGCCAUGGGAACCAUCGGCACAGCAAGCAUCACAGUAAAUCGCACAAGCAGCACCAGGAGCAAAACGGCAAGACAGGGGAUAACGAAACGCGGGAAAACAACGCCGAGGAGGAGUUCGUUGAGCUGAGGAACCACGAGGACAAGCGUGGCGUCAAGGACAAACUGAAGGAGGUGAAGAGGGCCACCAUAGUCGGGAACCCGAUGUACUCCUCUCAGGAACAAGAGGAAAUGGCGCUGGACGACCUGAACCUGGGCAUGGACUACGAUCAGAUUAUGCAGUACUUUGACAAUUUGAAGGAGUCUAAUGCCUAGGUAAGGGCCUCGGAUAUUAAUUUAAGGAUCAGGCAGCCGCCCGAUUGCGUUUGAAAAUGUUACUAUGAGAUUUGUUGUGUCGCAGGAAUCAGGGCUCGGUUUGACUCUAUGGUUUUUCCGAGACAGGGAUGAAGAGAGAAAGUUUUCGAGCCUGUGUAUACGUAACUUAUAUCACUUCUCGCCGAUUAGCGGAUUACUUUUUUCUAUUACCGUAGUAAGGGAAGCACUAAAAACGGCUUCCGUGCUGGCUCAGAUUAAACUUUCCAAUCCAACGAUCUUAUGCCUAAAUUAUCAAAAUGAAAUUGGCAUUUCCCUGAUUCCAAACAUCUGUUUCGUUUUCACUUUAUACGCUGUGAACGAUACGAUUCUUACGCAACAGGUGCAAAGCUGUCCGUUAGGCUAUAUUCUAGUCAGCUUCCUAGCAGCACAUCCAAUUACACAUCGUAAUGAUAACUUUAUAUACAUACAUAAAUAUAUAUAUAUUUAUACGUAUGUAUGUAUAGGUAUGUGUGUAUACAUAUAUACAGUAAAUCAGUGACGGUUGGUGAUUGCAUAAUCGCAUAUUGUUUCUUACUUUCGAAAAAUAAAAUUUAAUGGAGUGAAACGCUGAAACGCGCCUAUAUCCAGAAAGGAAGUAAACAAAAUAGGUCUAAAAAUUUAAAACAUACAUAUAUAUGUGUAUAAGUAUAUAUAUAUAUAUAUAUAUAUAUUGUAUGCUGUGUGACAUUUAUAUCAGAUCAAAUAUUGAAUUGUCUGUUCAAAAAACCAAACAAAAGCGUAGAUCGAGAGAGGAAAAAUUUGAAAAACAAAGAACAAAUAACUGGCGAUUAAUUCGUUUGGUUGCACAGUACGAUACAUACAUGGAUGAGAUUUUAAACUGACAGUUCAAUGAAUAUAAGAAUAUAUUUGAAGGAAAAAUAGUUAGAUUUGUUAGUUAUAUAUAAAUAAGCGGUUCAAGUAUAAAUAUAUAUAUAUAUUAUAUAUAUUAUAUAAGUAUAAUAUAUAUAUAUAUAUAUUGCAUUGUGAUAAGCGAAAAAAUGUUUGUUAACACCGCCGCCACUGUCUAAACUAUAUUAUUACCACCUAUCACUUAUCAGCAGCUGGGCACCAUAUCAUACCCCAAUCCUAAUCUCGUAUUUUCCCUAAAACUUCUCAUUAUACCGACGUGCCCAAAUCUGCCAUUUGUUGAACCUGUACAACUCAUUUUUCCCCUCCUAUCAUCCCUUGUUUUUCACGAUCAUCGUCAUCGUGAACACCUUUCACGCGAGUAAAGGGGGAAAAACGAGACGACAAAGUAAAAAAAAAGAAAACAAAUAAUAAAAAAUACUAGCUUAGCUAUCAUUUAUUGACGUGUAUUAUAAAGCAUCAUAUUCAUCCAAAUCUGUACAGCUCGUGUUACUACUUGAUUACGUGUUUUUUAUUUUUAUUUUUUUACAUGAUACAUAUACAUAAACUUACAUACGAACAUAAUACGAUUACUACUCGACCGAGUCACAAAACGCUAAUGGUAUAAAUAUCUGAUUAGAUUAUUAGAUAAUUAACUAAUGUAAUAUUAUUAUUAAUAACAAUAAUAAUAAUAAUAAUAAUAACAAUAACAAUAAAAUAGUAACCGAUCAUUGAUCGCUUACAAUUAAGCGUUUGUUCCUCCGGCCGAGGGCAGAAAAGUCUACCUGUGUUCCAUUUUACGUUCAAGUAAAAGAAAAGGAAAAAUACGAAAGGAAAAGAAAAAUAUUUAUUCAAUUAACUGUGUCGUAUAUUUGUAAAUUUUGCGUUGUAAGAUUUUGUACAUAUAAUAUAUAUUAAUAAUAAUGUCGCAGAUUACUCUUAGGGUCUGAAUAUAACCAUAGUAAAGCCUUGUGUCGUUGUGUCAUUCGCUAAGAAAAGAAUACGAAGAGAAAAACCUUUGAAUAUAAUUAUUAUAAAUUAUAAUGUUACUCGAUCAUAUUCGCUUUGUAUUUUACUAUGAUUGGAUUUCAAUUUCAGGGAUUGAAUCCUUUCGCGUAUUCUUCUAUUUUGUUUUAUUUAUUAUUUUUUUUUUUUUUUCUAUCCUCCUGUCUUGCAAUAAAGAAAUUAAAAAUGAAGGUAAUCGCAUGAAAAGUUUUAUAACCAACGUUAAGGCGUAUGCGAAUGAUAAAUGAAAUGAGAAAUAAAAAUGAAAGAAAACGAUAUCCCUAUUUCAAAUCCAAUCAUAUUAUUUGUUAUGAUUUUUAAAAAUUAAAGCAUGAUUUGACUCUCAGCGAGGAGUCACUUUUCGAAAUGGCAUGGUAACGUGUAUCCUUUAAAUCACUAACGCUAAUAGUAUUUUCAAAAUCGUAAGAGUCUAGAGAUUAAUAUUAAAAAUCGUUUGAUUAUCAAUUAAAUUGUAAGGGCUAUAUGUAUAAGUAUAUAAGUUAUGCGUAUACAUAUAUAUAUAUACACACACACAGACACACACAUACUGUGUUUAGUAUAUGGUACAUACAUAUGAAAUAUCGAAUGUGUCGAUGGUAUGUGACGAUUACCAACAGUGAGUACGGAUAACAAUAAUAUGAAGUUUUCGCCCUUCUGCAUUCUAGUCUAAUCGCCACUCAUUGCGACUCGCUUCGAUGUUGUCGCCUGCCACUGAAAUUCUUUUAUUUAACCUUAGCUUCAGGAAACUCGUACGUACAUAUGUAGUUGAGAAAUAAGCUUAACUAUAGGACAUAUACCUGAUCAAUUCUGUUAUAUACGUGAUACAGAUAACACGCCUCGUACUUUGACUGAAAUAUUGUUCGCCCGAGGACUAAUCUUCAUAAUUCACAAACGUUCAUCUCAUCCACGCAUAUAAAAUUCAUACCACGAAUAAAUUAUUGUUAUUAUUAUUAAUAAUCUUGAGAAUAUAAAGAAAAAACAGUACAUUCAUUCACGUAUAAGACUAACUCUUGCAUAUUGUAUAAAAAUACAUACCCAGCCAAAUACGCGUUCCGUUUGAUCGGUAAAUAUAUAAGUGUCGAUAUAUAUAUAUUAUAUAUAUAUAUAUAUUGUAUAUUAUAUUAUAUAUAUAUAUUGUAUAUUUUCAGUCAAUGUAAGUGUAGAUGUUGAUAUUUGUUUGAUUUUUUUCACUGUGAUUCUAUUCCAUAAGAUUUAGUUUUUCACUCGGCAGAAACUCUUUAUGUAACAGUAAUUAUUCCGUAAAUACGAUGACUCGAUAAUUUACUACCGUUCUGCUACAUACAACGAUGAGUACGAAUGUAAUGACUAAUUGCUUCAAUGAUUCACGGAACUCCGCUGGAAGGAAAAAUAUGUUUUACUCUUCGUCUUGUCUGGUUUAUUAUUUGUGAUUACGAAUAAUUUCCACACCAUUUCAACGUUCUAUCCAACGGCGUAUUCCUGAUUAAAUAUUUGUAAUUUAACGAGACAAGAUAAUAAUAAAUAAUUACACUUCGACGGAUACGUACGCGUAAGACGAAAUGUAUUUUAUAAUAUGUAAAAGGCGUGUAAAACAGCGUGGCGUCUAUCGUACGGCAUAAUAAUUAUGUUAAUCUAUAAAAUAAGCUGAUUAUUUAUAAAUCUAUGUAAACAAAUUAUAUAUACAUAUAUAAUAUUAUUAUAAAUGAAACACAUAACUGAUAUAUGCAUGGACGUUGAAAACCUAUAUGUGCAUAUAUAGAGGGUGACGCAGAACUAUCGCCUCAUAGGCUGCCAAUCUGUUCCGCGCGAAAAUCCGCGACUGAAACAUGUUUUACUUUUGAUUGGAAAUUUGGAAGUUUGCAAAUUACACCAUUUUGAAAUUGGCCAAUCCGGUAGCACCUGAUAACUCAAAUAAAGACAAAUUUCCUAUGAGAAAUAAAAAACGUUUCAGUCGCAGAUCUUCGCGAGGAAUAUGCUGGUAGCCUAUGGAGUUAUAGUUCUGGGUCACCCCGUAUAUUAUAUAUAUAUAACGUCUAUGUAACGUAUGUACACGAAAAGAAAAGCAGAUAUGUUAUAGGACCUACUACGUAAUAAUUAGACUGUGUGUGAGGAUGUUUUGAAUAGGAUACGAUACUUAACUUUUGUAAGCUAAGUGGGGGGGGACUAUUCAUCUGUUGAUAUUUAAGGUACUAAAAUUUUUGCCAUCCCUAAACGCAGUCUGAGAGAAAAUUUGCGACGGAAAAAUCACCUAGCAAUGACACUAAAGGGUAUUACGAUUAGUUAUCGAAGAUAAUUUGUGUGCGCAAGUUGGAAGAAAUAAACUUACAAUCUUUAUACCAUCUUAAAGAAUACCUAUAAUAAAAAAAACAAACUAGAGCUAAACGUACGUUUAGUAAAAAUCGUAAAUAUUGCGCUAGUUUAGCCCAUCUUCUUACGCAAUAAAUUUUAUUUUUUAGCCGCAAAUUUAAUGAGAUUGGGAAAAGACUUGCGUUACAUUUAUACAGACAUUUGAAAUUUGAUUUUUCAAUAAAUACAGGCAUAUCUUACGUGACAAGACAGUCUCUAACUGACUGUAGAGAAAUUUCGUCAAGGCGCAAUAAGAUCGCUAAUUGUGAGCAAUUGCUAAUUACUUCACGAUGUUGCAGCAAAUUGCUGCGGUAAAAAUAGAUACUUUGUUGUUAUGGCUAGCUCCGAAUUAGUUUCAAGUUCUUAGUGACGAAAUAUUAUUACGUUUUGUCAGGAUCAUCAUCCUCCCCCCUCCCCCCCCCCCCCCCAAUUCCUUCCCCACUGAAUGUCUAGCCAGUGUGUUAUUGAAACCCUAAACCAUAUAUUUUGAGGCGUACUAUAAUAUAAGUGAAUAAACAAAAAUCAUUCCUCCAUUACGAUAUAUUGUAAUAAAGCUGAAAAAAAAAUAAUAUAUUAUAUAUUAUCGUAUGCGGCGACGAUAACGAUUACUAUUGUAUUAUUAUUAUUUUCAUUAUUGUGGAAUAAUAUCAUUAAUGCUAUUAUCAUUAUUAUUAUUAUUAUUAUUAUUGACAUAUUAAAUAUUAAGAUAUGAUUAUUAUAUUGCCUACUCAAUGUACAAUAUGUAGUAUUUACCUGUUGUUACCACCAAACCGUCAUCAAAGAUAUAAAAUAUUGUAAUUGUA